CCGAACUUGACGUUAUGGCUUUUACAUUUUAAUAUAACACAGUUAUGUAAACAAAUCGGUUUCGACUCUGUUUACCUGUCGACUAAAUGAUUCGAUUUGCAGUAAUCGUGUUAGUGCUGUUAACYGAUGUUCCGUUUUCAACAGAAGAAGACGAUAAUGUUUUACACAUCGGAGGUAUAUUCCCGAUUGGUGGUAAAGGUGGAUGGCAAGGAGGUCAAGCUUGUGAACCWGCGGUUAGGCUAGCACUGGAAGAUGUGAACAAGCAUAGCAUUCUAUCCGGAUAUCAAUUGAAAUUGCAUUGGAAUGACAGCGAAUGUGAUCCAGGACUUGGUGCAUCGGUAAUGUACGAUCUUCUGUAUAACAAGCCUCAAAAACUCAUGUUAUUAGCAGGAUGCAGUACUGUAUGUACAACUGUUGCCGAAGCGGCAAAAAUGUGGAAUUUAGUUGUUUUAUGUUAUGGUGCCAGUUCGCCAGCAUUGUCAGAUCGAAACCGUUUUCCUACAUUGUUUAGAACGCAUCCUUCAGCAACUGUCCAUAGUCCAACAAGAAUCACAUUAAUGAAAAAGUUUGAAUGGUAUAGAAUUGCGAUUCUUCAGCAAACUGAAGAAGUAUUUAUUUCUACAGUGGAAGAUAUUGAGACUCGAUGCAAACAAAAUGGCAUUGAAAUAAUUACUAGACAAAGUUUUGUUAGUGAUCCAGCUGACGCUGUUAAAAAUUUACGCAGACAAGACGCCAGGAUCAUUGUUGGUUUAUUUUACGUUGUUGCUGCCAGAAAAGUAUUAUGUGAGAUGUACAAACAGCAGUUAUAUGGAAAAGCCUACGUGUGGUUUUUUAUUGGGUGGUACGAAGACAAUUGGUUUGAAGACAACUUGGAAAAUGAAGGAAUUCAAUGUACGAAAAAAGAAAUGAGAAUUGCAGCCGAAGGUCACAUCACCACUGAAGCUCUUAUGUGGAAUCAAAACAUUAAUCAAAAGACUAUUUCUGGCAUG